AAACAUGCAUACAGAACAGCGUCUGCACGGGUUAGCUUUCUAGCCGACAUCCCCUGAUGCACAGCAUUCGACAAUAAAGCUUCCCCAUAUUGGCCACCCCGACUACUUCUUCCACUCCGGCACUCGAACGUUCUGUUGUCAAAGGGUCACUGUCGCGGGAAAGGAAACGGAUGUCUGCGCCCACCAUAUCUGCAGCACAAGCAGUUGGAGAGUACCUACAGUUUCCUGACGACCUGGCGAAGAUCACCGCAUUCCGCAAGAAGCUCGAGAAGGAGAAGGCCUCCAUCGAUGCCAGGCUGAAGAGCGGCGUCAAGGAGCAGCUGGAUGCAACCCGAGAGGGUUUGCGUAAGCUGUUUAGUACGCGGAACAAUCUCCAGACAAUCAAGGAUGAGAUGGAGACGGUGGACAGGCUGUGCAAUGACCCUCAGAACACGGUCUCAACCUUUGACCAGAUUAGCAGAGUGUCAAUGGUGCAUCGAAACUUUGAGCGUACGGAGGAGAUGGUCAAUAAUCUGGUGGAGAUGGAGUCGCACCUCGACAUGCUAGAGGGCAUGCUUGAGGCAGACUGCCAGGACAUCCUAGGUCCGGCACCCAAUCUCCUUCGUAUCCACUACCAAAUCAACAGGCUGGAGGCCUUCCGCAACCAGACUAUGCACCAGGCCAAGAAGUCCAGCGCGCAUACAAGAGCCACGCUGGCAAAGUAUUUCGAGCGACUAAAUCGGCUAAUUGAAGCAUUCGACGAGUAUAUCAUGGCGCUUGCGAAGAACAUCCUCAUGAUUGUCAUGGAAGGCCAUCCGGAGACGGUUGUGAAACUCAUCAAGAUUGCCGAGAUUGAGGGGCGAGAGGACGAGAAGGCUAUAGCCAUCAAGCUUGUCAAGAAAGCCGCCAAGAUGGAUGCGGCAGCCAAGUUCAGGUCGAUGCAGGCAGACGCACGCAUCAUCAAGCAUUACCGCAUGAAAAUCAUGAAGAGCAUCACCGAAUCGAUCACAGCCACGUUCGAAGAGGCCUAUGCGAGCAGCGGCGAGAACCCUGCGGCUUUCAUCGAGAAUCUCGACUGGAUCUACCAGGACCUGAUCCACAUAGAGACGGACGUAGUGCCGUGCUUCCCGCCGUCGUACGAGAUCCACAAACAUUACGUGCGCGGGUACCACAAGGCGCUGAACGCGAUGCUCACAAAGAUCAUCAAGUCGGAACCCGAGGCGAGCGUUCUGCUGACGCUGAAUGCGUGGAUCAAGGAGUACAAGAAGAAGAUGAAGGAGCUCGAGAUCGCACCUGAGCUGCUCGAACCGCCGCUAUUGGACGGCAAGGAGCAGAGCCUGAUCGAGGACUACCUCAAGCUCAUCAUCAGGAAGCUCGAAGAGUGGACCGCGAACCUGAUGAAGACGGAGAUCGCCUCCUUCAUAGCGCGCGAGGAGCCGCCAGAGGUGAACGCCGACGGACUCUACGGCAUGCAGGGCUCGGUUAUCCUGUUCCAAAUGGUCAAUCAGCAAGUCGACAACGCGAUGGAGAGUGGACAGGGCAUGAUCCUCGCACGCGUCGUCGAGGAGGUGAGCCGCGCGAUGCGCGGGGUGCAGGACCGAUGGACGAAGCUCAUCGAGGCGGAAUACAAGAAGAACGUAGAGAAGCCAGAGGAGGUGCCCGGCGGUCUCGUCGAAUACUGCAUCGCGCUCGCGAACGAUCAGAUCAAAGCUGCAGACUUCACCGAGGCCCUCUCUGCGCGCAUCGAGCCCCUCGUCUCGGAGAAGUAUCGCGCGCCGAUUCAUGAUCGCCUCAACGACGCGAUCGACGGCUUCCUCGACGUCGCGAAGAAGUGCACGCAGACGCUGAUCGAUAUCAUCUUCAACGACCUCAAGCCCGCGACGAAGCAGCUCUUCACGCAGACAUGGUACGAUGGGAUCAGUGCGCAGAUCUUCGCGACGAUUCGUGACUACAUGUCCGACUACAAUGCGUAUCUCAACCCGACACUGUUGGAGCUGCUGGUGGAGGAGCUGCUCGACCAGUACCUGGUCACGUACCUGACGGGCCUCGCGAAUGCACCGAAACUCAAGAUACCUGCCGCGCUGGAGCGCAUCAAGGCGGACAUUGACGAGGCGUACAAGCUGUUUGGGCAGUACAAGAAGAUGAAGGAGCUUGAACCUCAGAUGCAGGUGCUCGAGAUGGUCCUCUCCAUGCUCGAGGCGUCUCAGAGCUUGGUGUUCCUCUCGUACUGGUCGUUCGCAAAGGUGUACGGUCCGAACAUUGCAUUUGUGGAAGCAUUGAUGAAGGCGAGAGGAGACUUGGAUCGGUCUGGAGUGAGCGAGGUGAUGGACAGCAUCAAGCGGAAAGUGAAGGAAGAAAAUCUCACUGAUCCACCUGAGCCGACCAUCAUGAAGAAGAUCUCAGUCCAAGGCGCACUCUCUCGGUUCCUCGCGCGCACAUAG